AUGGCGGUGAGGGAGGCGCGGUGCUCUCCGCAGAGGGCCCAGGAUGGCCCACCGUCGGCUUCACUGACGGCCGUGUCCGGCCUGCCUCCUCCGGCGCCCGCUGCCCCUGGGCCCCGCUGCCCUCCACUGGCGCUCAGCGCCGAGGCCCGGCUCCGCCCUGACCCGGCGCGGGGCCCGGGAAAGACGCUGGGCGUGGGGUGCGCCUCCUCCAGGAGGACGGGCUGCCGGCCUCGCCCCCGCCCCGAGGCCGCUGACCCGCGGAGCCCAGAGGGCGGGGCGGGCCGUCCCCAGCCCCCUCCAGGCCGCAGCCAGGGUGUCAGCUGUGCGGUGGGCGUGGGCCCCCGCCGGAAGCCGGGUGCCGCCCUCACCCCAUCUGGAGAGGGGGCAGGCGCUCCCACGUCCCUGCUGGUCCUCAGGGCCGGCCGCCCUCCCCCGUCCGAGGCCGAUGGCCGGACGGCAGCCGGCAGUCGGGCCGAGUCCCCGGGCCGCCGGGGCUCUGGGGGCCGCGGGGGGCUCCCCUCACGUCUGUCCUGGCCGCGCCAUGAAGAAGGAAGUCACCUGACCGCCGGGGCAGAGCUGGCCCCCCCCCCCCGCGCCCCGGGGACCACGCGGCCGCCUCCACGCGGCAUGAAGGGCGACGGCGGCGCCCUGUGGGGCCUGAUGUGGAAGUACUGCGUGUCGGUGCGGACGCUCAGGUCUGGGGAGCAGGCAGCCAGCGAGGGCCAGGUGUGCGCUCGGGCUGUGGGAACAGAGGGGCCGGGGCGCCCUGGCGCGAGUCCGGGCCGCCUGCUCUGCCCCGGCAGGGCGAACGCCCGAGGUCGGUCUCGGGCUCCCCGGCCUCUCAGGAAACCUCGGGCUGUUUACGGGCUGCGGCAGCGCGGCCCGCGGGGAGCCGCCGCGGCCUUGUGCGGUCUGAGGGCCGGCCGGGCCCCCACGUUCUACGGAGGAGCCGCGUGGGGCCGCUGGCUCCCAGGGCACCCCGAGGGCUUUGCUGCCAGGGACGGACAGCUUGGGUGGGAGCCCUGGGUUUGCCCCAAGCCCACACUUGGCACGCCGAGGACGCGGUGGCCCCUGCCACUCUCUGGCACCCGCCCCCUGUGUGGGGCCCCAGAAGGAAUGAGCGCCCCUCCCUGCGCCAGAGAGCGGGCGGCCGGCGUCAGCCUCCACGUGGGGUGGGAUCGCAGCCCGGGCCCCGCCGGGGGCCUGAAUCAGCACAUGGGCGGCGGGGCGGAGCGCGGGGUUUCCGCGGGACAGACAGCACAUAGUUUUCCUCUUGCGUCUUCAGCCGCCGUCCGCGGAGCCCACAGCCCGGGCCGGGCCGCCCCGUCUGGUAAAGUACGCAGCGUCUGUGCCGCGGGAGGCCCUGGCUCCGCGCCGGGAGGGUCACUCGUGUCAGCCCCGCCCCUCGGGGGUCAUGGACCCGGCCGCCAGUGUGCAGUGUGCCCCGGACGCGUGGCCAUGGUCCUGGACUCCUGA